GAGCAGUUUCGUGAGUGCUUCGACUUUCAAGCAUCUCCUACGAAGGAAGCUAUUGUCUUCAGUUCCCAGCUUAUCGUAUUGACCUAUUCUCUUCCCCUUCUUCCUUGUACAAAGCGAUUUAUCCCGCCUGAUUAUACCCGAUGGCCGACCUUUCCGAUCCUAAAAUCGAUGAAGCUUACCUGGAUGUUCGUUCCGACAAGUCCGAGACUAACUGGCUUUUGCUAGACUAUGAGUCUGACCGCUCUGACAAGCUAACAGUCACACAGACCGGAACGGGUGGCCUGGAAGAGUUACGCGAUGCACUUGGCGAUUCCAAAGCGUCUUACGCAUACGUUCGCGUCAGCUUCUCCAAUGAUAAAGAAUCUCAACGGGAGAAAUUCAUUCUAGUGGUGUGGAUCGGUCCUGGGUGCAAAGUGAUGCGAAAGGCUAAGAUCUCCGUCCAUGCAGCCGAUGUCAAACAGGUGUUGCGUGUCUACUCCAUCGAAGUUGCCGCUCGGGAAAGGGACGAUUUAAAGGAGGAUCCGAUUGUGGUGAGGCUGCGGAAGGCCGGUGGGGCUAGUUACGACGGGGUGUAGCUUACAUCACGCAAAGUCGUGCUCUCAAUUUCCUGGCCUUACGCUCGUGCGCCUGUGCCGUCGGAUUUCUAUCAUUCAUUUACCACUUGUAUUGGAUCAACUGUGCUCGAGAUCGAAUAGUCUUUUCGUCAAU